UCUUCUGUGGUGUUUUAUGUCACGGCAUGAAAAUACAACACACUCUUCCGGUCAUUGCUUUCUAAAUAAGACUCUAACGCUGCUGUUUAACAUGAGACAGCUUUUGAUUGGAAGAAAAACCGGAAGUAUCUGCUCCUGCUAACGAUGCUAGCCUGACUGUUAGCUUCACACAAACAUUAGCUGAUAGCUGUGAUCCGGACUCUUCAGCAGAUCCGGACCCGGUGCACCAUGAGCCGCAGACGGACUCAGAGUCUGUCUCCAGACUUGAUCCCGGAGCUGAACCCGGUCUUCAUGGAGCCUCCCGGGACAUCAAGCCGGACUGAUGCGGACUUUCUGGACCAGGAUCAGGACGAAGAGCUGCUGGUGUCGGUGAGCCACAUCACGGAGCACUUGGGCCGGAAGCUGACCGUGGUUCUGGACUCGGCUCUCAACGACAUCCGCGAUAUGGUCAGCGUCCGGAUCCGGGUCCUGAAGACCGAACUGCGGGAGAAGACCGAGGAGAUCCGGGUCCUGAAGGCACGGCUGGACCCGGAUCAGAGGGACCCGUUCUCUGCAGGAACCACACUGGAUCCUGGUCUGAAGAAGCUGGACUCUAACAAAGCCGGUCCCGUUGACCCACGCAGGACCAGGAUCCUGCAGUCCGGGGUGAAGAAGGAGAACAUCGACGCGAUCUGCGACCACUUGAUGAAGACCUCCAGGGGGGGGCAAGACCCGGACCAGGACCAGAACCCGGACCCGCAGUCACUCCACCUGUGGGCCGGACCCGGAUCUGGGCCCGGAGACUCGGAGUCAACCUCAGAGGACCUGUUCAGUCUGCUCCCCCCUGGAAGUAAGAGGGACUACGACUAUGACUGGACCCCCCCAACGGAACUCUCCGCACACCUGACAGGCCUGAAGGAGUCAGACUGUGAGAACCCCCCCCUCACAGAGACAGAGGAAGAGGAGGAGGAGGAGGAGGAGUCGACCAGAGGGGAGGAUCAGGACCCCCUGUCACAGGUCCAGGCCUCAGAGUUCUCCAUGGAGGAGCACGGAGAUCCUGGGGAGGGGGGGAGUCCUGAGGAGGGGGGAGAGCGAGCUGCAGGAGGUCAGUUCCCUUCUCUCUCCUUCUUCUGCUCUCUGUGUGGAACCUUCUGUCCAGACUCCGUGUACCUGGAGGAGCACAUCAAACUGAUACACCUUGACUCUGCUGACGCUAUGCAGGCAUUGCAGGCCACAGGCCCCGCCCCCCCUUCCACAGAGAGCGGAGCUGAGCUCAGGAAGGGCCGGGGGGUACAGGACGAGGCCAUAGCAGGGGAAGUGGCUCGGGGAGGGGCGGGGCCGGUUAAGAGAGAAGUGAAAACGGAUGGGGGUUACGAGUGUGCAGACUGUGGGCGGCGCUUUAACUACCUGGGGAACCUGCGGCAGCACCAGAGGAUCCACACUGGGGAGAAGCCCUUCAUGUGCCCGGAUUGCGGGGAGCGCUUCAGACAUGCCGCACGCCUCAAGAGCCAUCGCCUGGUGCACAGCGGAGCCCAAAGCCCCUUCCCCUGCCCCCAGUGCGGGAAGGGAUUCUCUGUGCUGUCCGGACUGAAAAGACACCAGAGGGUCCACACUGGGGAGAGUCCAUAUGCCUGCCCCCAGUGUGGACGCCGCUUCAAGGAGCUGGGAAAUCUGUACACCCACCAGAGGAUCCACAGUGGGGCAACGCCAUACUGCUGCCACACCUGUGGGCGGAGCUUCAGACACCUGGGGACCUACAAGAGCCACCGCUGCACCCCAAACCAGUGACCACCCCGACCAGUGAACAGCCUAAAACCAGGGACUGACGCCAACCAGUGACCAGCCAGAAACCAGUGACCAACUCCAACCAGUAACUAGCCCAAAACCAGUGACCGACCCCAACCAGUGACCAGCCUGAAAUCUGCCCCCCCCCCCCCAACCAUUCACAACCCCAAACCAGUGACCUUCCUGAAACCAGUGAUCACCAAAACCAGUGACCAAUCAAACCAAUCACUACCCUAAACCAGUGACCUUGUCUUACUGGUUUCUACAUAUGAUCCUGAGUUCAAACUAACGUGUGAAGAAUCUUUUUAAAAACAUUCAUGUCUUUAACAAACUGACAGAACACGCUGACUUCUGCCUUCUUCUUUGAGUUUGCCAUAAAAAAAAAAAACAAGUUCUAACAUGUGGCCAACAACUCCCAUGAUCCCGCACUACUUGACCUCAUGACAUCAUCAGACUGCUUUGUUGUUGUUAUAACGGUGAUGCCCCUAGUGGUAGAAAACCCACAGUGCUUUUAAUGAAUAAUUGUGUGUGAGGUUUAAGAACAUGAGCUGAAGUUUGAUCUCUCUGCGACUGGAGACACUCACGUGUGAGAAUCAAGCUUCCUCCCUGUGAUCACGGACCUUUUACAGAGCAGUGGGACACAGCGCCCUCAUGUGGACAGACUGUGUAACUACACCAGUGCUCACUGUGCUGCCUGUGUGCUACAGAACAGAAGAGUUUUUCUUUCUAACCUUGUUACGCAAUGUUACAGAUAUAUGUUGUUAUUUUAUACGUCUCUGUACUCUAAGCUGUCGUCAGUCGUGAUCAGAGCUGCUCUCACUGACAAUCUGCUGUCUAAUAAACAGACCUCACAUCAUCA